AACUCAGUGAGUUUUCAGCUUUUUCGAUCAAAAUGGUAGGCUCUGUAAACUUUCAUAUCAGGUCCAUUAGCUUGCCAUCCAGGUUUCAGUCUAAUUGUAUUGAAGCAGAGCUGAAAAAGCUUCAAAAUUUUGACUCAUCCUCUGCUUCUGAUACCAUACAAACUGGGUUCACCAGGUUGGCGGAGUUAUAUAACAGCGUCAAGGAACUCAUCCGGUCUCCUCUCACCCAACAAGCUCUUCACCGUCAGCAGCAUGCAGAGCCGGUUGAAGUGGCAGUUGAUGGGUCAGUAGCAAUGUUAGAUGCUUGCACUGCCGCGAGAGACAUUAUUUUGACCAUGAAGGAGAAAGCUGAACACCUUCAGUCAGCUUUACGUAGGCGGGGUGGAGAUUCCAGCAUCGUAGACAACAUCCAUGCUUACAUUUCCUUCAGAAAGAAGAUGAAGAAGGAAAUUUCAAAGAGCCUUACAACACUAACGAGACUGGAGAGCAAUAUUACAGUCUCCCUUCCUAUCAUGGAUGCUGAUUACGAUCUAUUAAUGCUGGUAAAGGGUCUGAGGGAGUCCAGUGCCAUCACUAUAUCUAGUUUCCGGUCUCAGCUUUUGUUCUUUUCAAUGCCUCUAAUGAAAACAAAGCCUGGUGGAUUGUUUUCCAAACUGAUCCCUGUUGCGGCUGAGAAAGGGCAGAAAUUUUUUAGUGAAGUGCGGAUGACAGACAUUGCUGUCUGCAAUCUCCGUGGAAAAAUCCGAGAAGGCGAUGCCAAGAUUGAUGUGCAAAUGGAGCUGAGCAGAUUGGAGACAAUAUUUAUGAUAAGAUGAGAGGUUUUGAAUCAGGUUUAGAUUGCCUGUUCAGGAACCUGAUUAGACAUAGGGUGUCUCCCCUUAACAUUCUUACACCAUGAUGUACAUUCAAUAGGUGAUGGCAUUGUCAUUUUAGAGGAGAGAAGGAGUGUCAGUGUACAUCGACCAAAUUUUGUGAUAGAAUUAUAUAAGAAUGAUCUGUAAAUUUUCAUGUAUCCACUAAAAAUGCAAAUUAAAG